UUCACUGGCCCUUAUGCGUGACUGUGCAAAUUGUCUAAGGUUUACGGUAGCAUGUUAAAAAAGGGGAAAUUCACAGAGCUCCAGCAGGCAGUCGUGAAAGCUGAACGGAGAUGAAAUGAUGCUUGCAGGAAUAUGAAUAUAUGCGUCGGGUGGACCGCGACUGAACCGUCCAGACAUCGGCGUUUCUCACGCACGAGACUGAUAUCUUGUUUCCAGCAAUCGUAAAGGAUGCGGUUACAUUUACUUAAACACUAAUUGUUUUAUCUCGUAUGAAACGCCGUUCACGAAUCUUUUACCUCAUUAUAUACGCUUAACGUUUUUAAUGUAUAACUUGUGAAGUGAUCAGCACUCUUUGCUUUUAGUCUAUGAUAGACAUUUGCAGCUACGGUAUCGCUGCAAAGCUCAGUGUGAACAGUUCAUCUUUAAAGGAGCCAUUAUAGGGAGCACACACGGUUAAAAUGACUAUGUCCGUCCCGGAAAAGCUAUCAGGGUCCGAGGGUAAAGAGGAAGAAAGUGAAGACGAGAGCGAAAUCCUGGAGGAAAGCCCGUGCGGCCGCUGGCAGAAGAGACGCGAGCAGCAUUACAACAGAAACGACAAACAAAAAUUCAAAGACUGUUCAGUCCAAGUUACAACAGGCUCUAUGAGAUCGAUGUGAAACGGGGGAGAAGAAGGGGGCGUGUCGCAGCUGCUUCUCUUUCUUACAGAAAUACACAUUUCCUGUGUUGCCAAUCCCAGGAAUUUGAUACUAAAUGACCAGGUUUCCAAACACUGUAAAGCCUUGUGCAACAUGAAGUCAGUCAGGGAAAUGUCCCAGGCAUUGAGAGUGCAUACCUGGCCAUGGACACUGAGGAGGGGGUGGAGGUUGUGUGGAAUGAAGUGCAGUUUUCUGACAAGAAGGUUUUCAAGUCUUUUGAGGACAGGAUAAAGGAGAUGUUUGAGAACCUGAUGCAAGUUGAACAUCCAAACAUUGUAAAGUUUCACAAGUACUGGCUGGACAUGAGAGAGAGCCGAGCGAGGGUGAUUUUCAUAACCGAAUACAUGUCAUCUGGAAGUCUCAAACAGUUUUUGAAGAAGACCAAGAAAAACCACAAAACUAUGAAUGUAAAGGCAUGGAAACGUUGGUGUACACAGAUCCUCUCUGCGCUCAGUUACUUACAUUCCUGUGAUCCGCCCAUUAUCCACGGUAACCUGACCUGUGACACUAUCUUUAUCCAGCACAACGGCCUUAUAAAGAUUGGCUCAGUUUGGCACAGGCUGUUUGUAAAUGUGUUUGCUGAGGCUAUUCAUGGGAACGUGCACCAGCAUCGAGAUGAAGUGCGAAAUCAGCACUUUUUUGCUCCAGAAUAUGGCAUUGCUGAAGAUGACCAUGCCAUUGAUAUAUUUUCGUUUGGAAUCUGUGCCUUGGAGAUGGCAGUAUUGGAAAUUCAAGCCAAUGGAGACACAGCGGUUUCAAAAGAGGCCAUAGAUCAUGCUGGACACUUACUUGAGGAUCCACUCAUGAGGGAAUUCAUCCAGUCGUGUGUACGAACAGAGGCCAAGACAAGACCCACGGCUCAUGACCUGCUGUUUCAUAGAGUCUUAUUUGAGGUCCACUCCUUAAAACUGCUUGCUGCGCACUGCUUUAUCAAUAACCAGUAUCUUCUUCCUGAGAAUUGUGUGGAAGAGAAGACCAAAUCUUAUGAUCCUAAUGGCAUUAUGGCAGAGAUUAAUCAUCAAGACCGACCUGGAGUUCAUCUAAAGUAUUCUCACGUUUCUCCUCUUGAGCUGGACAAAUUCCUUGAGGAUGUUAAGAAUGGCAUAUACCCCCUGAUGAACUUUGCUUCCCACCGACCGCAUCCUAUUCCCCGCGCUCUUUCUUUGUCCCAGGAACAGACAGAGACCGUGAAGUCUCCAACGCCGGAACCACAAGAGACUGAAACCAGGAAGGUUGUCCAGAUCCAGUGUAAUUUGGAAGCGAACGAAGAAGGCACAAGGAGUCAUCUCUCUCUCUUUUUAAAGAUGGAUGACCGGCUUCACCGCCAACUAAGCUGUGAUGUUCUGCCAUCUGACAGUCCCAAGGACUUGGCUAGUGAAUUGGUUCAUCAUGCUUUUAUUAGCGAGGAGGACUGUGAAAAGUUGGCAGGUUUUCUUGAGGAUGCAUUAUGUAAGCACCGGUCAGGGACGUCUUGCUCUCCUACUGCCAUGGCUGUGAUGUACUAAGUCCAGCUGGUCUAAACUGAAGUCUUCAAACAGACGAACAGAGCCUGCAAAGUGGGCCUGAGCUUGAGGAAAAGAGAGCGAUCCAGACUGACAAGAGCAAAACUCAACGUUUAAUAAGUGAAGUUCAAUCUAAGGUGGCUUUUGAAAAAGCGAGGCACGCAGCAAACGGCAGUGUUCAUUCAUGGAGUACAGUGAGCGCAGACUGUUGGCUUUAAAGUGGAUGGUUGAUUCUGUCAUCGCAUAAUGAUGAUGAUGAUGAAACACACAGAGGGAUUCUGCUUCAGUGCCAACAUUUUAGGGUUUUUUCUUGAAAUACGAGUUGAAUGGGGAUUUUUAAUCAUAAACAUCCUUCAAAGUCAAGCUGUCUAUGACAUCAUCCGUCCUCCACCCAUCUUCCAAAAGACAUCUGCCAGGAGAAAAAUCUUGCACAAACAGACAUUUAGGAUGCUUUGGGAACCUGAGAGAGAAGGCUAAAAGUCCAAUAAAUAAAUCAUGGCUUCCCAGUGAUCAACAGAACUGGAUUCUUUUAUCAGUGUCUGCGUAUUCCAGACUUUAAUGUAUUAUUUAUUAUUUUAAACUAUUAAUACAUGGUCUUGAUAGAGACACGUGUUUAAUACUCUAAGCAAGGUAAACAUUUUUUUAAAUAAUAAAAUACAAAUUUAAUCAAGUGUAAUUUCUUUGUUUGCCUGAUAGUGGGCAAAUUAAUUGACAAUGAUAAAAGUGCUCUUGGCAUCCGUUAUACUAAUAUAUCUCUUUUAACACUCUCCGUUUUAGAUCAGGGGUGAAUUUUACAAAGACCAAGUGCCUUUGUGUUUAACACAUUUUUUUUUUUUUUGCUUUGGUAUUGGUGAUCAAUGCGUGUUGUUGCCUCAAUUGUUUGUAGCAAUAAAACAGAAGGGCACUGCAUACUAAGGUACUGGACCAAGAGAGAUUUUUUUUUAAUCUUCAGCAAAUGUUUUUCAACCAAAGGAACAAAUGUGUAAAAUACAAACAAAAGCAAAUAACGAAGCAGCAGAUAAUGCAUACUAACACAAGUUGACACACUAAGGCUUAAGUCCAUUCAAUGUCCAAGUGCAAAUGUGUUGAUAUGAGCAGCACAUAUGUGAAUAGGAGCUAAUACUUGAUCAGCUGCUCUGAGGUGUUUAACAUGUGCCCAGUUUACGUUUUCUAUGUUCUUUGUGUUUUGUUUUUGUUAUUGUUUUAAAGAUGUUUACAACCCUCAUGUUCCUUACACCAAUGAAUGCAUAGAAUAAACUGACCAGUGACUGAACUAGAAGAAAAAACGGGUUUACUUUAAUAAAUCCUUUGUGGGAGGGGGAGUCUAUGAUCUUAUUUUCAUGCCAUCUGCAUUUUACAACAAAUAUGUGUAGCCUAUAUUUAUGUCAUAUGAAAAUGGUGAAUCACUUUAUAUUCGGGAUGCACCGAAAUUGUGGCUGCUGAAAAUUUUUGGACGGAAUUGCGUUAUCGAGUGCAAAUGCCACACAAGUUCUGUGUGAUGCGCCAUGACGCGCUUUUAUGCGUCUUCUGGCGUCUGAGAUCACGCGCAUUGACUCACGUGGUUUUAAAGUCAAGUUCAAGUACUCUCAAACGCAACAGGUUAUUAAAUCUAGUUGUUAACGUUUGGGUUUGUCAGUAGCUGAGGAUAAAGUGCACAGGUUUCAGUAAAUAAUGCGGAACUGUGAUGGUGCAGGUGCUGAUGUCACUGAAGCUCAUUUUAAGCCCGUUGACAUAAGCGGAACGGAGGUGUCUUGUCUGCUGUUUUCAUUAUAAUGAUUGAUUGUGUAUCUUAAUUAAACGUAGGCUGCUGAAUAGCUGCUUCACAACUGUUUUGCAUGCAAUAGUUCUUAAAUGUUACACCAUUUAUAUAAACAUCUGUUUAAUUUGAUUAUGUUGCAUCACUAAAUGAAGAAAUUUAUUAUUUAUUCAAUUUUGGUGUGCUACUUUCAAAGAAGUUUGAUUGUUUUUAUCGGUUUGUAGUCCAACUCCGAUUCAUUAAAUUAAUGAAAUUGAAAAGUUUAUUAAUAAUAAUAAUACAAUACAAACUUUAAAAAAUACUUUUUGUGUCCUUUUCUGUUUUCGGCAAAGUGCAUCCAGAAUUUUCGUUUUGGCUCUGAAUUUCAAUCACUACUUUACUGAACAGAUACAUAUCAUUGCCAGAGCUGUAUCUGGGUGCGAUGCUUACAACUGAAAAAAGGGGAAAAUACAUUGCAACUAUCACCUCCAGUAUUUAAUAUUAAUAUAUAAAGCAGUAUUAAAAGAUUAAAUGCCUAUUUUCACAUGUUGGCCAGAGCAAUCGUAUGCUAACUAUAUGGGGUGCUUUCAGGCUUUUGACUCACCAAUAUAUCAAAAUGCAUGCUAGUAAAAUAAUUAUUUUACAUGUUUAUUACAUUGCCAUGUAUAUGGUGGAUACAUGGUGGACUCUCAUUUUAUUCUAGCAAUUUAAACGGUCACUAUCCUUUAAGUGUAAGACACAUGUACUUGCAGUGUGAUCAACUUUUAUGUAAGUACAUGUUAGAAAUAUGAAUGUGCUGUUCAUAACGUUUUAUAAAUGUACUCUUUAUUCCUGGUGUCCUUUUUAUCAAAUAUGUUAUGUCUUUUGCUUUUGGGGAGUUUAAUUUUUCAUUUUUGUUUAAACUCUAUAUGGUGACAUGAAAUGUACUAUAUAAUUAAACCAUCUAAUACUAUA